GGUGCCCCUGGUUGACCAGAGCCAUCUCCCCCGCUGUCCCCAUCUACAAUGGGAUCGUUUUCCUCUUUGUGUUGGCCAACUUCAGCAUGGCUACCUUCAUGGACCCCGGUGUCUUCCCUCGAGCGGAUGAGGACGAGGACAAGGAAGACGACUUCCGGGCGCCGCUCUACAAGAACGUGGAGAUCAAGGGGAUUCAAGUACGGAUGAAAUGGUGCGGCACCUGCCACUUCUACCGGCCCCCACGCUGUUCUCACUGCAGCGUCUGCGACAACUGCGUGGAGGACUUUGACCAUCACUGCCCCUGGGUCAACAACUGCAUUGGGAGACGCAACUACAGAUAUUUUUUCCUCUUUUUGCUGUCCCUCAGUGCACACAUGGUUGGCGUGUUUGCCUUUGGGAUGGUUUUUGUCCUCCACCACCCUGACCAGCUUGGGGCAGCCCACACAGCCAUCACAAUGGCCGUCAUGUGUGUGGCUGGCCUCUUCUUCAUUCCCGUCAUCGGCCUCACUGGCUUCCACAUUGUCCUGGUGGCCCGGGGCCGUACCACCAAUGAGCAGGUGACGGGCAAGUUCCGUGGAGGCGUUAAUCCGUUCACUCGAGGGUGCUAUGGGAAUAUCGAGCACGUGCUGUGUAGCCCGCUGGCGCCCAGGUAUGUGGCAGAGCCCAAGUUGAAGCUGGCUGUGAGUGUGAAGCCCCCAUUUCUGCGACCUGAUCUCUCCGACAGGCAGGUGUCUGUGAAGGUCAGUGACAAUGGAAUCCAGGCCACCUUGAGCCGAAGCAAGUCCAAGAUUAGCCUGGGAGGGCUGGAUGAGAAGUCUCUGGACCUGCAGCCUCCCCUGCCCCCCAAGGGAGAGCCCGGCAAGUACACUGAGCUUCAGGGGAGCAGUGACGAGGGUGGCCUGUCCCCUAAGCUGACCAGCCCCCCAACUCCUGCUAUGUACAAGUAUCGGCCUGGCUUCACCAAUAAUUCCAAGAUUCACUACCAUGCCACAGCUGACCAGAUCACUCUUCAGGAUGGCAGCCUGGGGGAGGAUGACGGUGGGACCCUCGACUACCAGUCAGAGCCCAACCUGGACCUUCCUGACUACCACCGGAGCGCCCUUCACAAGACCUAUCAGUCGUCGCCUCUCCACAUGGAUUCCUAUGCCGCCAACUCGCGGUCCCUGAGCCUGAAGUCCGCCAGCAGGCAGGGGACGGACCAAGUCGCCCUUCAUUCUCUGAAACCAGAAGGAGCCCCCCCAACCCCCUACAAGACUAUAUUUUCUCCCAACUCCCUGUCUAACCGCAACAGCAGCCUAUCAUAUGACAGCCUGUUGAACCCCAUGUCGCCAGCAGGUCGCAAGUGCCCGGCCCACUCGGUGGUCAGCUCGGCGGGCUACCACUCGCCCUACCUGUCGGCCAAGAUGUGUCACCUGCGCGGGGGGGAGCUGCAGCGGCCGGGGCCCCGCAGCUUCAGCCCGGUUCUGGGUGGGGGCGCCCCCAGCUCGCACCCCCGGGACCCUUCACCCGUGCGCUAUGACAACCUCUCCAAGACCAUCAUGGCCUCCAUCCAGGAGCGCAAAGAGAUGGAGGAGCGAGAGAAGCUUCUGCACUCGCACCCGGACUCGGUGUUUGGCGACUCUGGCGUCUACGACACCCCCAGCUCCUACAGCCUCCAGCAGGUCAGCACGUUGUCGUCCGACGACCCCCGCGGCCUGGCCCUGCCUUGCGGCUCCCGGGAGAACCUGACGUCGGCCAGUGGCGGCUUCGGCACCAGGAGCCCCUUGCUCCAGUCAUCUCUGUCCUCCCUCUCGGGGGUCAUGGCGCGUGCCCCGAGGACUUCCACCACCUCCCUCCAGGCUGACUUGGCCAAUAAUAACGUUCAGAGCCACCAGACACUGCAGGGCCGGGGGACCGCUGGUCCCUACGUGUCCCCGGGCCACCAAGUCCCACCUUCCCCCUCUGGGAUGCCGAGGUCGCCUUCCUAUGGAGGCCCCAAGGCGGUCUCGUUUAUUAAUACUGUGGAAAUCACAGAGCCGCCCCCUCUAGGAGUUCAAAGGGGGCGAAUCGGAGCCUGCAGCCGAGGAUGCGGGAACAGCGGGCGGCUGAACCCCAGGACCAGCCUCCACCUUUGCCGGUACCACUGCGCAAGCUCGGCCCUCCGCCCCCCAUGGAGCCCCACGGCCUCUGGCUACUGCCCCCCUGUCGGGGUGCCCCAGCUGGCUGCCGUAUGCCGCUUGCACUCAGCCGCAUCUACCCUUUUCCCGAGCCUCUCUUGGCCAGAGCGAGAUGCCAAGUAGGGAGAGACCGUCGGUGCCCCUCGUCCAGAUGGCCAAGCUCCUUUCACAGGACUCACUCAGGAUGAGGCCCCCUGAGGACUUUGGGGGGCCAGGGAGAAAGAAUAAAGAUGCAGGGGGCAGCUGCCUCUCUCUAGGCCCUGUGUGGAGGGGGUGAGGUGGGGGGUGGCAAUAUUGGCAGGUGACGGGUAAAUGUGGCCCUAGCUCAUGCUGUGAUGGCAAUGUGUUUCCUUCCUUGAGCCCCUCCACGCUAAGGAAAGCUAAGUAUUAGUCUGCACCUCUUGGCAAAGAAGUCCAUAUCCCCAGCAGAGGGUGGGGUGGCGCCUGAGGUACCUGCCCUACUGUUAGAAUGGGACCAAACCUCCCGCCUGGAGUAAUCAAGCCCCUGGAGGAGAAGCCAAGACAGGCACAGUGCCCCCCACCAGAAGUCUGCAUCAUCCUGAUUCGAAUCAGAGCCCCAAGGGACUCCUCCUGUGUCUUGAGGAGCCCCUUUCUCCAGGGUUGUCAGAAGCACUAGGGAGUGGGAUGGGGUGGAAGAUGGGGGAGAAAUGUGAGAGGGAAGGUUUGUGAAUCACCCCUUGGGAAUGAUGCCAAGGAGCUGUUUGUAGUAGUUGUGGAUAACCCCAGGGCCUGAGUCCUUCCUCUGGAACAGACCUGACCCAGUUCUGACUUGGAAGAAAUGCCUGACUUGGAAACAAUGCAGGAGCCAAGCAGAAAGGUGGCCAUUAGGAAGCUGUGCCCUCCCUCCUGCCUGCCUGGUUCCCAGCUCAGCUUCCCCAAAUGGCGUUUGUCCGUAGAUGCCACGGUGCUCAGAAGAGACAGCCUGAGAGUUUCCCCAAUUCCCUCCAUCAGUGGGGGUCACUGAAUCCACAGCUCCCGCCACCAUGGGUGCGCCUGGGUAAGGGGUGCGCCGUCUCCCCUCACUCACCGCAUAUAUCAAACCACAGCACUUUAAAUAUCCUUUCCUUUAUGCUAGGUUUUCGGCUUCAUGUAAUGUAAGAGGUUUCAGGUUGCAUGGGGUUGGGGGUUGGGGAAGGGGUUGAUCCUGAGCAGGGAUUGCACUGAGGGCCCACCAGCCUGAAAGCCAGGAGGCCCUGCUUGCCAAUGGCUGUUCCCUCACUCCCAGCCCCCAGCCCCCAGCCCAUGGCUGCCCCCAACUUCCCUCUCCACCAGGGCGUGCACGCAUGUUGCCUUAACCCCCCACCAUCCCUGCUGCCUACUCCCCACUCCAGAGCCUGGCUGUUCAUUUGGCCCAUUGUCCUGUCUUGUGUCUGUAUGGAGCCAAACCCCAGCAGUCCUUGUAACUAUGAUAAGCCAACAUCUCAGGCCCAGACACCGAUCUGGGCCUGGGGGUGGGGAGGCUAGAGGUCCUCCCCAGAGCCAGACUCAGCCAGGCUGGGGCUCUCCAAUCUUUCUUCACAGAGAGCACCACCACACUUCCCCCCACCCACAUACCCCACGCUGCUAUGUUUCCGCUAAAGAAACAACCCUGACUUUCUUCCUUUCUCAUGCUAAUUUCAAUGUUGUACAAACCAUCCCCUAUAGAUGCCUAGAGAAGUAAAUGUUUUUAUCUGCUCCCCAGGAUCACGGGCACAGCAGGGAGGAAAAUUUGGCCUCACUCCUCCCUUGGUUAAGAUAUUCUCUCUUGAACCUUUGGGUCCUGGAGGGCAUCCCAGACCAAGUUUGAUGAAGUGGGGAUGCGGGUCCCAGGUGUCCCAGAGGGACUGGAGGGAGUUUUCCACAGUCUGGAUGCCCUUUGCCAAGCCUGGGGGUAGGAGGUUCUAGGUUUGGGCUGUUCCCAGAAUGCCGAGCAAGGGGCCAACCUCAGGAGCGCCAGCAAGCAGGGGCACAUUGGGUUUGCAUGAGUCUAUUUAACUGCCUUGAGGAAGAAUGAGCAACAAAUCUAUUUAUUUUCAAUUGUACUGAAGCACAGAAUGACAUUUUCAGACCCUGUAACCCCCAACUAUGGAAUAUAAAGUAUAUAUUAUGGUCGCCUAA